ACGGGGCGUACCGCAGUGACGUACGGCAGUGACGCAACAGGCAUGCUGCCCUCGGAGGAGGGGCUAUGAGCUGGUGCGCUACGAUAAUUGAAGGGAUCAUGUUCUGGCACUCCAAACCAAUGUUGCGGAAAAGCGGCCUGACUGUGUGGAGAUUAUGGAGGUCAUGGAAAUUAAGCCUGAACUGGUCUGCAGUGAGAGCAUCCUCUGGUCCUGGUGCCUCAGACAGAUCUGAAGAGAUGUCACCUGUUUCAACUGAAAAGCCUCCUCACAUACCUGUCAUGCUCAAAGAGGUGCUUCAUUAUUUAGACCUCCAGCCUGGUCAGGUGGUCCUGGACAUGACAUUUGGAGGCGGCGGCCAUAGCAAAGCGAUUCUAAACACGGCUCCUGAAGUCACAGUCCUGGCCUUGGACCGAGACCCGACAGCAUAUUCUCUGGCCCGGCAGUUAGCGAAGGAGCACUCUGGUCGUGUGAAACCAUUGCUCGGCCGAUUCAGUGAGCUUGAGGUCCCGCUGUCUAACGUGAACAUUCAGCCAGGCAGCAUUGAUGCUGUCCUGGUGGACGCUGGCUGCUCCUCCAUGCAGAUGGACCAGGCAGAGAGAGGCUUCUCCCUGAGCAGAGAUGGGCCCUUGGAUAUGAGGAUGGAUGGAGCGAGGUACCUCGACAUGCCCUGCGCUGCUGACGUCGUGAAUACCUUGGAUCAACAGGCUCUUGCAUCUAUCCUCACUGCAUACGGGGAAGAAAGAUGCGCCAGGAAAAUAGCUUCAGCCAUUGUGAAGGCACGCCGUGUCAACCCCAUCACCAGGACACAGCAGCUGGCCAGCGUGGUGGCAGGAUCGUUUCCCGCCGCCGUCGCCGCCGCGCACACGGAUCGUCUCCACAGACCGGCGCACGUGGCCACGAGGACGUUCCAAGCCUUGCGCAUCUUCGUGAAUGACGAGCUGAACGAACUCCUCGCCGGCCUGCGCGCCGCCCGGGCGCUGCUGCGACCCGGAGGACGUCUGUGCGUGAUCACCUUUCACUCGCUGGAAGACAGACUGGUCAAACGUUUCCUCAAGGGAGAGGAUUUGUCCAAGCUGGACCACUUCAGCCCGCGCAAGGAAAGCAAGAGGAGGGAGGAGAAAGUGGGGGAUGGAGAAGGAGACGGCAGAAGCGCUGAUUGGCUUCCUCUGCGAAGGAAAGUGAUCACCCCAGAAAAGGACGACGUGAAUGAGAAUCCGCGAGGACGCUCCGCUAAACUCAGGGCGGCGCUCCGAUGUUGAUGCAGACGGUGGUGUAAAGUGGUCACAAUGAUCACGACUGUCUUGUUUUUGUUGGUAGGAAGCCAGUAAAGUUUGCUGUCCUCUUUUAUGCAUGACUGACUCUUUUCUCUUUGUUUGUUUCUCAGGGCACUGAUGGGUAAGGAAUAAACCUUCCACACAAUAAUGCCACUGGCUCAGGUUGAAGCAGAACUUCACUUUUUUUGACGUUAUCUCUACGGAGCUCCCCCUACAGUUUUGGAGUAUAUAUUCCGUUGUAAACAUCAUCCAUUGGCAUAUAUAUAUAUAUAUAUAUAUAUAUAUAUAUAUAUACAUAUAUAUAUGUCUAAAAACAAAAGUCAGAACCUAAAAGUUCACUUGCGUCGAGCAUUCGUUUACUUUCAGUUUCUGUUGAUUUUAUAAAAUCCCUGCUCUGACUUUUCACAAUUGCUGUUUUCUCGUCAGCAAUACUUUCUGAAACUAAACAAACAACUAGGUGCAGAUCUUUUCGUUUUUUAUUUUUCUGAAGACACCUUUUUUUAUAAUCCUGAACCUAUCCGUAUUUGAGCCACAACCAAAAUCUAAUAAUUGCAUGGGGUGAUUAAUCCACAUUAUUAUAAUUUUGGUUAUGGAAUUAGAUUUGUGUCAAUAUUUUCAAACAACACUUUUUUAAGAAGCCAAUAAAAUAUAGAUUUAUUCAUUCAAAAAUAUUGUAUUUUAUUGUUUGAAUUUUUUUUUGAUUGUGGGCGGGCCUUAGGAAGCUGCCUGCUGAUUGGCUACUGAGUUUUGGAGCGACAGCUCAAUGGACCGGAAGUAGUCACAGGCUUGGAGUCGCUGUCCGUCUGGAACUCCUUCCCCAAGUUUUCCCGGUCGACAUCCGACGAAAAUGUAAAUAUCUUAACAAUUUUUUUUAAUUAUAAACGGUAGAUACUUACAAUUAUUAUGUAGUGUAUUUUCAAACAAUAAAAUACAAUAUUUUUGAAUGAUUAAAUCUAUAUUUUACACAAACUGACACAAGUCUAACUCCAUGCAACCCUAGAACAUUUCAUUCAAAUCUGUCCUUUACUUUUUCUAUUAUUUA